GACACUAAGGAUCUUGAAUAACCAUGAGCAAUCCUUUUGUACGAAUUGUGGAGCCACUGGACCCUAAACAGCCUCUGAAGAAGUUCUUUAAUCUGAGCAAAUUGGAAGAUGUGAGAUACGCACGCCUGCCGUUUUCUAUUCGAGUCCUCUUGGAAGCAGCGAUUCGUAACUGUGAUGAGUUCCUAGUGAAGACAGGAGAUGUUGAGAAUAUUCUCAACUGGAAAGUGGUGCAACACAAGAAUGUUGAAGUGCCGUUUAAGCCUGCAAGAGUUAUUCUGCAUGACUACACUGGGGUACCUGCUGUGGUUGACUUUGCUGCGAUGCGUGAUGCUGUGAAGAAACUUGGUGGGGACCCUGAAAAAGUCAGUCCUAUCUGUCCGGCUGAUCUAGUGAUAGAUCACUCCAUCCAGGUUGAUUUUAGCAGGCGUUCAGACAGCUUGCAAAAAAAUCAGGCCUUGGAAUUUGAAAGGAACAAAGAAAGGUUUGAAUUCUUAAAGUGGGGCUCUCAGGCUUUUAAAAACAUGAGGAUUAUUUCACCAGGCUCUGGGAUCAUCCACCAAGUGAACUUGGAGUACUUGGCAAGAGUGAUGAUGGAUCAGGACGGCUACUACUAUCCAGACAGUGUGGUGGGCACUGACUCACACACCACCAUGAUAGACGGCUUGGGAGUGCUUGGCUGGGGUGUCGGUGGCAUUGAAGCAGAAGCAGUCAUGUUGGGCCAGCCGAUCAGCAUGGUGCUUCCUGAGGUGGUUGGCUAUAAGCUUCUAGGAGACCCUCAUCCACUGGUAACAUCCACUGACAUUGUGCUCACCAUUACCAAGCACCUUCGCCAAGUUGGAGUUGUGGGUAAAUUCGUGGAAUUUUUUGGUCCCGGUGUAGCCCAGCUGUCAGUUGCUGACCGAGCCACCAUUGCCAAUAUGUGUCCAGAGUAUGGAGCAACAACUGCCUAUUUCCCAGUGGAUGAUAUUAGCAUUGGGUAUCUGAUACAAACUGGCCGUGAUAAAGAGAAAGUUAUGUGCACAAAAAAGUAUCUUGAGGCCGUGGGAAUGCUAAGAGAUUUCAAGAACACCUCUCAGGAUCCAGACUUCACACAGGUUGUUGAGUUGGAUCUCCGUACUGUUGUGCCUUGCUGCAGUGGACCAAAAAGACCUCAGGACAAAGUUGCUGUGUCAGAUAUGAAGAAGGACUUUGAGACUUGUCUGGGAGCCAAGCAAGGAUUCAAGGGAUUCCAAAUUGCCCCAGACCAACACAACAGCACAGUCAAAUUUAAUUUUGAGGGCUGUGACUUCGAGAUUACUCAUGGUUCAGUAGUGAUUGCUGCCAUUACAAGCUGUACAAACACCAGUAACCCCUCAGUUAUGCUGGGAGCAGGAUUGCUUGCUAAGAAAGCUGUUGAAGCUGGUUUGACAGUGAAGCCAUACAUUAAAACUAGCCUGUCCCCAGGAAGCGGGGUUGUCACUUACUAUCUGAGGGAGAGUGGAGUUAUGAGUUACCUCUCCCAACUAGGGUUUGAUGUGGUGGGUUAUGGCUGUAUGACAUGUAUUGGCAAUAGCGGACCUCUACCAGAGUCGGUUGUUGAGGCCAUUACACAGGGAGACCUCGUAGCAGUGGGUGUGUUGUCUGGCAAUAGGAAUUUCGAAGGGCGUAUCCAUCCCAACACCCGUGCUAACUACCUAGCCUCCCCGCCACUGGUAAUAGCCUAUGCAAUUGCAGGGACUGUCCGGAUUGACCUCGACAAAGAGCCUUUGGGAACAAGUGCUUCAGGGAAGAAGAUUUUCCUCAAAGAUAUCUGGCCAACAAGGAAUGAGAUUCAGGCUGUUGAGCAUCAGUUUGUUAUUCCUGGGAUGUUCAAGGAGGUCUACAAAAAAAUAGAGACAGGAAAUGAAUCUUGGAAUGCCUUAGAUGCUCCUUCAGAUAAACUAUAUACUUGGAAUCCCAAGUCAACUUACAUCAAGUCUCCACCUUUCUUUGACGGCCUGACUUUGGCUCUUCAGACUCCGAAAACAAUAGAAGACGCUUAUGUCCUGUUGAGUUUUGGGGAUUCUGUGACAACUGACCACAUAUCUCCAGCUGGGAAUAUAGCAAGAAAUAGUCCUGCAGCCCGUUAUUUGACCAGCAGAGGCUUGACUCCUCGAGAGUUCAAUUCUUAUGGCUCCCGUAGAGGGAACGAUGCUGUCAUGGCCAGAGGAACAUUUGCAAACAUUCGCUUGGUGAACAAAUUUAUUGAUAAACAAGGACCUCAGACUGUCCAUUUCCCAUCAGGGGAAACUUUGGACGUGUUUGAUGCUGCGGAAAGGUACAAGCAGGCUGGCCAUCCUCUGAUUGUGCUGGCUGGGAAGGAAUAUGGUGCAGGAAGUUCCAGAGACUGGGCAGCUAAAGGACCAUUCCUCUUGGGUGUCAAGGCUGUGCUUGCUGAAAGCUAUGAGAGAAUUCAUCGAAGCAACCUAGUAGGGAUGGGAGUGAUUCCUCUGCAGUAUUUACCUGGAGAGGAUGCAGGGACUUUAGGACUCACUGGACGGGAGCGUUACACAAUCAUCAUUCCUGAAAAACUAAAACCGCAGAUGAAAACCCAGAUUAAGCUGGAUACUGGGAAAACCUUUCAUGCCAUCAUGAGAUUUGACACUGACGUAGAGCUCACUUACUUCCAUAACGGCGGCAUUCUGAACUACAUGAUCCGUAAAAUGGCAUCCUAAUCACAAACAUUAAGCAAAAACAUCCAGGUACAAGCCUGCUUCUGGUGAGCGCCGUAAAACCAUGGUAAUCAUAAACUCGAAAGUGUGAACCAUAAAGCGAA